CAUACUCACACAAUAAUCGUCUUGCAUGGUCGCGAUAGUGAGGCACAAGAGUUCAUGGCUGAGUUUUUCGAGUGCGAGGCAACCGGGUCUGAAACAGAUCGCACGCUACCAGCGCUUUUUCCUACUAUCCGCUGGGUGUUCCCAGAAGCAAAACCUCUUCAUUCUGAACGCUUUCAUAUCGAAAUGUCUCAAUGGUUUGACAUGUGGAGUGUGGAAGAUCAGCAAGAGCGAGCUGAGCUGCAAGUGGAAGGCUUGCGAGCAAGUGUCGAUCGCAUCGCCAAAUUAAUCCAGGACGAAGAGCUACUCGUACCCAGAGAGAGGAUAUUUUUAAGUGGAAUCAGCCAGGGGUUUGCGACUGUAUUAGCUACCUUCUUUGCUGACGGUAGAGGAGGCUUCGCUGGCCUAUGCGGAUUCUCUAGCUGGCUACCGCCCGCUGCCCAAGCUGUAUCAGAAGUAUAUGAAGUCGCGGGCAAUCCUAGUCACCAAUUGGCCGCCAUGCAGCGACUUUACCUUGGUAGAGAUGAGAUAUCGCCACUACAAAUGACCUCGACGCCUAUUCUUCUAGAGCACUGCCGAGACGACGAAGUUAUUGAUAUCCAGAGCGGGACUCGCCUGCGAGAUUUUUUAUAUCGAUUCGAUAUGGAGGUUGACUGGAAUGAAUAUCAAGAUGGAGGACAUUGGUUCAACGAGCCGCAAGGCGUCGACGAUUUUGUUAGGUUUCUG